UCUAUUUAUUAUUCUGCAGAAUGCUGCAAAAACUGGCAAUAGGCAUCAGUGUAGGCACAGCGUGCGCAGUGAACACAACUGGGACACAUGUACGGUUGCUGUCUACAGCCAUGAACAGGAUUGAUUCUAACUUCUUUUUUAGGCAGCUGUUCGAUACAGUAAGCAGCACGUACACUUAUCUACUGGCGGACACGCGGACAAACGAGGCUGUCCUUAUAGACCCAGUGCUGGAACACGCUGAGAGAGAUGCUACUUUGAUCAAACAACUGGGUUUCCGUCUUGUUUAUGCCAGUUAGUAUAAUCAAAAUAUAUGUCAAUUGAACAGAAAUCUUUGAUUCAGUAAAACGCAGUUCACAUAUUUGAUUGACCAAGAAAUUGGUUACCAUAUAAUAACGAAUAAAUCAGCCAUAUCAUAAAUUUACUCCUUUAUCUGGUGCGAUAAAGAAUAAUAGCUACCAAAUCAGCCACCUUAUAAUACCCAGCAAAUCAG